UCAGGAAUCAGGAUAGCUCUACCGGCUACCACAGCGGCGCUAUUGCAGAUGUAAAAAUGAGGAAAAACAUACUUUGAGACCUAGACCCCUCGAGGUCUUCCGCUACCCGGUGACACAUAUAUCCCCUUGUCCGAGCUGUUUGCCGCUUUCAGCCAGUCUCGUAAAGCUUUCUCCGUUAUUCCUCUCAAAUCUCAGCCUGUCUGUUCUUCCCCAUCUCAGUCCAUUAAAUCAAUCCAAGUCUAUCCCAAACUCCUAAUACCCUCGCCAUUCGACACAAAAGCAUCAAGAUGAAGUACCAGGUUGCUCUUCUGUUCGCCGCCGGCAUCGCCGCUGCCGUGCGCAUCACCGACUUCACUCCAGAAUGUGCGGACAAAUGUCUCGAGGAGGCUGUUGCUGCCGGCUCUCCUUGCACAGUCGACGAAGCUGAGUGCCAAUGUGAGGUGGAUAACUACCGUGCCAUCUACGAUGCCGGCGUAACCUGCGUGCUCACUGCCUGCGGUGGUGACGUCGCCAUCAACGAGGUGCUUCCCGGAGCCGCUGCUUUCUGCGAAGAAGUUAUCGGUCCUGUCGCCACUCAAGUCCCGAACCCCGGCGAGUCCAGUUCGGCCGCUCCUAGCUCAGAAAGCUCUGCCGCGACCCCUGCUCCAGCCACCACCACCCAAGCGGGCUCAGCUGCGCGCAAUGGAACCUCCACCCCAUCCGCUAACCCCCCGGCCGCUACCUUGAGUGAGGCUGGCCCUGCUCCCUCCGGCGCUGCGAGCAAGAUUGGCGCGGGUGUUUUGGCUCUUGGUGGUGCCUUGGCCGUGUUCGCGCUGUAAAUAGCUCAGACGGCUAUACUUUGGUGUGCGGUGUUUCUCAAUAGCGACGUGGCAUUUUCGAACAAAGCAAGGCGCGGGUCUUGAAUUGGUUCUGUCUAAUAAUGCGAAGGGUAGGUUUAGCGAAUGUCAUGUACAGCAUAUUGCAAGCUUGUACCAAUAUCUCCCUGCCCUCAAGAUGCGAGAACGUCCAUUGGGUUCAACUUUGAGAAAGAUACGGUAUUUCUCUUAGGACCUCCAUUAAUUGUAUGUGCCUCCAUGGUAGG